AUGUGGGCACAUUCAAUGACAGUUCAAGAUUACCAGGAUCUCAUAGACAGAGGAUGGCGAAGAAGUGGAAAAUAUGUGUACAAACCCAUCAUGAAUCAGACGUGUUGCCCUCAAUACACAAUAAGGUGCCAGGCUUUGCAUUUUCAGACCUCCAAAUCUCACAAGAAAGUUCUGAAGAAAAUGCUCAAAUUUCUUUCCAAAGGAGAUGUUUCGAAAGUAGUGAGUGAAGAAGAGCCUAUGGAUUCCCAUAUAGACAAUGUGGUCGCCUGCGAUUUUGCCUACAAAGGUGAAUCUCACAUCAGUCAGUCUGAACUGACUCCCCUGAGCGUGGAUCACACUGAGAGGGUGGAGAAUGAAGAUGAGGACCCAGGAGAAAAGAAAGAAGAGGGGAAUGUGCAGAAGGUGGAAUUGGAUUCUCUACAGCUUUGUGCAGAUAAAGAGACACCAGUCCCUGGAGAACCUUCGCAUUCGGCUAAAGUUGCUCACGCACCACCUAAGCCAGGGAAAGGGGCUGACCUGAGCAAACCCCCGUGCCGAAAGGCAAAGGACAUACGGAAAGAAAGGAAACUGCAGAAACUCCUUCAGAACCAGAUGUGCACAGUGGAAGGCUCUCAGCUUCAAGCAGCAGACCCUGUUUUACUCUUACAAAACUCUAAAUCUAAACCAAACCAACCUAAAACCAUUGAAGACUUUGUUUUUGUCUCUUUACCUGAUGAUGCACAACACAAAUUAGAGGUGAGGGUGGUGAGAUCAUCUCCACCAAGUUCACAGUUCAAAGCCACGUUUCAGGAAUCUUACCAGGUCUAUAAACGUUACCAGAUGGUUAUUCACAAGGACCCACCUGAUAAACCAACUAUAAAUCAGGUGAGGUUAGUACCCGUCUCCUUUGAGGACCCCCAGUUCAAAUCAUCCUUCAACCAGUCAGCCACUUUAUUUGCCAAGUAUCAGAUGACUGUACACAAGGAUACACCUUCUGAGUGUGGUGAGAACGAG